AUGGCUGCGAACCGUCGCAAGCAGGACGACAAAAAUUUAGAAAUUUUACGUGAGCUAAUUUCGCAAAAUGGAAACAAAUAUUGUUUAGAUUGUAAUCAAAGAGGGCCUACUUAUGUUAAUACAACGAUAGGUUCUUUCGUGUGCUCAAAAUGUUCGGGAAUGUUGCGUGGUCUCACUCCACCACAUCGCGUAAAGUCAAUUUCCAUGGCUACUUUUACUCCAGAAGAAAUAGAGUUUAUAAGAGUCAGAGGAAAUGACUACUGCAGGCGUGUUUGGCUAGGCCUGUAUGAGGGUGAAAGUGUGAACUAUACCGACGAACAACGCGUCCGAGAUUUCAUGUCUGAUAAAUAUGAAAAGAAGCAAUAUUAUCUAGAAUCAGCGCCAAACAAUAUGCCCAUUGUAAACGGUACUUCGUCACAAAAAAAUAAAAAUAAACAGAAAUCGGUCAGUGCAACUAUUACUGCGCCAUUGAUCGCGAUUUCACCGAUCUCUAAAAAUUCACUCAACAACAAUACCGUGAAUUUAACCAAAGUAAUAUCCGCCACAGCUGUUCAAGAAACAAAUCAUAAGAUAGCUAGGCCUGUUAAUAAUCUCGCGCCCCCUUUGUUUAACGGCAAUAACGCUGCACCUGUCGCCCCUAUAGCUCCUGUAGUACCUGAUUUUCCUGUAGAUUUUUCGACGGCAAAUAUAUACAACAGUGCUCAAAACUAUAACACUGUCUCCAAUAGUGUUAACAACAACAAUACAAGUCGAUCUUCAACUACAAGCACAUCAGCGUUUAAUUCAACAAAUUCUGCUACAAAUGAUCGCUAUGCGGCUCUAGCAGACCUCGACUUAGUAUUUAGACAACAAAAAACUAUGGAGGAAAAUGUGAUGAGUAACAAUCCGUUUCAAACAAACGACGGAUUCGCUAACAAAAAUCCAUUUUUCAAUGGAGGAUGGAGUACUGCACCAGUUUCUGUUAAUCCAUUUAUGCCGGCAACCAACGGAAGUUUUGUGAACCCGAAAAACCCAUUCCUCUGA